AUGUCCGUUACUGUAAGUAAAAGAGAAAAUGAUGAAGGGAAUGACUUGACAUCAUGUGUCCUGAGUAAGACAGAAGGUGACGAGGAAAAGUUUGAAGAUGCCUAUGAAAUGAUCCCGGUGGCCACAACCAUGAACCUAAAAUCUUCCCUGGAAGAGUGCACAACUGGAUUGUAUUUAUUUCUAAAUAACAGAUUCUCAGAUGCCAUAAAUCUCAUUCAUCCAUGGUCGAAAACCAGCAUAUACCAUGCUCUAAUCUAUAAUAUCCUUAUGGUUGUCAAGGCCGUUUUGACUUUUGAUCCACAGGAUAUACAGACUGGAAUGGCUACUGCAAAGGAAGCUUUGAAAACCUGUAACAAUUUCCGAAGAAAGUCUAGGAUGAUGAAUUUUUCUCAUCUCGUGAGUAAACAGGGAAUAAAGACUAUCAAAGAGGAGGAACUGCAUGCUGAAGUCUGCUACGCGGAGUGUUUGAUUCUGAAAUCCACUGUCACAUUUAUACAGGAUGACAGUAUGCUUGGUUUUCUUAAAUGUGCAAUCAACAUCGGGUUAAGUUACCAAAUAUACAAAGACUGCCAACAGGUAUUAACACAGAUGCCUAACAACCACAGCAAAACCUACAGACACCUGGUUGAAGGAGUAAAAUUUGGACUUGGAGCAUUCAAUCUGCUAUUAUCACUUGUGCCACCAAAGACACUUAAACUACUCAAUAUUGUUGGAUAUUCUGGUGAUAGAGAGGUAGGCUUGACUCUGCUUCACGAGAGUGCAUCCAAAUCCCAUAUAAAUAAUAUCUUAAGUGUUUUGACUCUAGUCUUUUAUUACACGUACAUCUAUGUAGCUAUUGGUGCUGAAAAGGGUCACAGUUCUGCUGUAGAGGAUCUCUUCCUGAUCUACCUCCAGAAAUUUCCAAACUGUGUCAUACUUAAAUUUUUUCAGGCACGUUUUAGUAUGCUGAAAGGAAAUUUUGAAAAUGCCCGGUUAAUAUUAGAGGAGUGCAUUUUUAUUCAAAAUGAAUGGAAGCAGGUUCAUCACCUCUGUUACUGGGAACUCAUGUGGUGCCACAUCUUUCUGCGGAAUUGGAAGCAGGCUCACCACUGCGCUGAUCUACUGUCUCGCAACAGCAGGUGGUCUAAGGCAAUAUACGUGUACAGUAAAGCUAUGCUACUCUCCUUGCUCCCUUCAGAUUCUGUGAAAUCAGUGAGUGAGGACAUAAGCUCUCUCUUCUUGAAAGUGGGUAGCCUGAGAAUCAAAAUUUUGGGAACUUCUGUGCCAAUAGAAAAGUUCAUCGCCGAGAAGGGGCGGCGCUACGGCACCACCACAGGCUGGUUUACAGCACAGCCCAUUCUGGAGUUCAUUUACGCCUGGAGUGGUUUCCGAGUCAUGAGCAAAAAACUAGACCUUAUUUCAAGCUGGCUGUCGAUAAUUGAUAAAGGAGAAGACCUCUUACGAAAAAAUCCAAAUACCGAGUAUGGCACAGAUGACAUAAGUCUGUUAAAUUUGCUGAAAGGUCUGUGCCUGAAACAUUUGGGCAGAUAUUCAAUGGCUGAGCGUUACUUUAAUCGUGUCCUUCAGAAGGAGAAAUUGUUAAAAUAUGACCACUAUUUGGUGCCAUAUACGUACUACGAACUAGGAAUUCUCUACUAUCUAAAAGGAGAUUAUGACAGUGCCACAAAAAACCUAGACAACAUAAAAAACUACAAAGACUAUUCCAUGGAAGCUCGAUUACAGUUUAGGGCUCACAUAGCCCUUGAACAAAUAGCUAAAGAAAAGUGA